AUUAAAUUAAGUUUGAAACUAAACAUUAUUAUUUCUAUCAGCCAUACUCGUCAGAAUUUUAAGCAAUUUUUACAGGUCUAAUUUUUUAAAACAAAACACUAACCAACCCAGACGACCGUUCUAACUUAAACUUCACAAUCGCUUGGUAUAAGCUCGAUCGCUGGCGCUCCGACCAAACCCCAUGAAGCGCGAAAUAGUGCGAUUGGUGGCAAGCGGACUUUAUAUCGAAGCACUCUCUAUUUACUCACAGCAUCACUCGGCCUCCCUCCGUCCUCACAAAUUCCUUUUCCCUCCUCUCUUCAAAGCAUGCGCAAAGCUUAACUUUGUUCCACAAGGCAAAAUGUUGCACACCCAUUUGGUUAAAACGGGAUUUAUAGCAGACGUCUAUGCAGCCACAGCCCUCACAGAUAUGUAUAUGAAGCUUCUCCAUUUUGACGAUGCUCUGAAGGUGUUCGACGAAAUGCCCCACAGAAAUUUGGCAUCUUUAAAUGCGAUGAUUUCUGGGUUUUUAUUUAAUGGAUCACGUGGAGAAGCAUUGCGGAUGGUUGAGAUUGUGAAUAGUGGUUCGCUAAGGCCUAAUUCAAUCACCAUUGUUAACUUGCUGUCAGGAUGUGAACGUGUUGCUCAUGGAAUGCAAAUACAUUGUUGGGCAACAAAACUGGGUUUUCAAGUGGAUGUCUAUGUCGCUACGGCGCUUUUGACGAUGUAUUUUACUUGUGAAGAAGUGGGUUUUGCUGCAAAGGUAUUUCAAGAGAUGUGGAACAAAAAUGUGGUGAGUUAUAACGCUUAUAUUUCAGGGCUUCUACUGAAUGACAUGCCUCGUAAGGUAUUGGAUGUAUUUAAGAGCAUGAUGGAAUGCCCAUGUGGUAAACCGAAUUCAGUCACAUUGGCUUCUGUCCUUUCUGCGUGUUCUGAUCUUUCAGAUCUUGGAUUUGGUAGGCAGGUUCAUGCACUCACUGUUAGAAUUCAAAACGAUGAUGUAAUGGUGGGAACUGCAUUGGUGGACAUGUAUUCUAAAUGUGGGGCUUGGCAGUGGGCAUACAAUGUUUUCAAAGAACGGAAAAGGACCGGCAACUUGUUUACUUGGAAUUCGGUUAUUGCUGGAAUGAUGUUAAAUGGUCAGAGUGAGAUUGCAAUGGAACUUUUUGAACUAUUGGAGUUCCAAAAAUUGCAACCAGAUUCAGCUACCUGGAACUCAAUGAUUAGUGGCUUUGCCCGACUGGGAAGGCCGGUCGAGGCCUUCAAAUACUUUCAUAGAAUGCAAUCAGCUGGCGCAGUCCCGAGUAUAAAAUCUCUCACCAGUCUUUUAUCCAUUUGUGCAGAUUUGUCCGCAUUGCGGCAUGGUAAAGAGAUCCAUGCCCAAACAACUAAAAGAGUCAUUCAUCUAGACAUGUUUCUUGCCACAGCGCUUAUUGACACGUACAUGAAGUGUGGGAAUUUUUCUUGGGCACGGAGACUCUUUGAUCAAUUUGACCCAAAACCAAAAGAUACAAUAUUUUGGAACACUAUGAUAUCAGGUUAUGGAAGAAAUGGAGAGAACACAUGUGCGUUUGAUAUCUUUGAUCGGAUGCUGGAAGAAAACGUACGCCCAAAUGCGGCCACAUUUACUAGUCUCUUGUCUAUUUGCAGUCACUCUGGUCAGGUUGAAAAAGGUUGGCAACUUUUCAGGAUGAUGAACAAGCAAUACGGUCUGCAGCCAUACCGUGACCAUUGUAGCUGCAUGAUCGACCUUUUGGGUAGAGCCGGCCAGUUGGGAAAAGCUCGAAAAUUGUUGGAAGAACUACCAGAGCCUUCUAUAUCUUCUCUUGCUUCUUUGCUUGGUGCUUGUAGUUUGCACAACGAUUCUAAACUAGGUGAAGAAAUGGCUUUAAGAAUUUCAGAAUUAGAGCCGAAGAACCCACUUCCAUUUUCUAUAUUAUCCAAUAUAUAUGCCGAGCUUGGAAGGUGGAGAGAUGUUGAAAGGGUUAGAGAAAUGAUGAAUGAUAAAGGAUUGAGAAAGCUAUCUGGCAUUAGUUCAAUCGAAUGACCUAAAAAGAAUCCAAAGUUGUUGAUUAUAUAGUUGGGCGGUUCAAAAAUGAAGCAUGAGAUCACAUCCCUUAGGGUGAUGACCCCAACAACUUC